UAUAAUACUACAAUGAUUACCUGAUGGGAGGCGCUAGAUACAUGGAAUUGAUGAGAGCGGCCAUUCGCGACCUAAUAAUCGGUAUCAAAUCCGUAUCCUUGACGGUGAUGGUCAAAUUGCCGAUGCGUUCGCUGUACAUGCCGAAGAUCUUCGAGAAACCCUGCGAACAGAAAAACUCCACGUCCAAUUCGGCGAACUUCCUCACCGAGUAGGCGUCCUUGUUGACGUCGCCGGUGGCCAAUCCUUGGUAGCCGCAAUCGAAGAACGGGAAUAUCCUCUUGUUGGCGAACAAACUCGCCAGCUCGUCCCAUUCGAGCUCGUCGGGAUCGAAUCCGGUCGGAUUGUGACCGCACAUCUGCAACACGAUCACCGAAUCCUCGUCGGCGUUCCGCAGGUCCUCCAUCAUACCUUUAAAGUCCAACUUGAGGUUCUUGGCGUCCAAAUAACGAAAAGUUUUCAUCGUCUUGAAGCCGGCGCAGCGGAAGAUCCGCUCGUAGUUCUCGUAGCUCGGAUCCGAUAUGUAGAAGGUCUCUUUGCCCAUGUACCUAGCCAAGAACUCGGCGCCGAUCCUCAGCCCGCCGAUCGACGAGUAACAUUGCACUCCCAUGUACUUGUUCUUGAUGAUGGCCUGCGAUUUGUUGCCUAGCAGUAGCGUGACGGCGGCGUUCGAGAACGAUUCCAUUCCAAGCGGCGUCGCGAUCACGUUUUCGAUGGAUUCGUCCAUGUGGAUGAUUUUAUCGGCGUAUUUAACCGCCGGCAUAACGUAGGGAUCGCCUUCUUCCGUUCUAUAACCGCCGAUGCUCAACAAAACCUUGUUCUCGCACGGGUCCUCCACGAACCUGUCUCUGAGGUAGAAUAUUUGAACGGGUUUCGCUAUUGGGAUAUUAUCGAAAACGGACAUAUUUUAUAUUUACAAAUGACGUUUCUGUCACGUCGCUUCACAGUUUCGUAGGCAUGUCUUUUUUCGAUAACAUCCCGACCGCCCAUCCGGUGGAAAUAUACUAUCUAAGAGAGACCUUCACGCAGGACCCCUUCAAUAAAAAGGUAUUGCUAACUCUAGGGAAUUACAGAACGGACGAAGGGGAACCGUACGUUUUACCAGUAGUAAAACACGCCGAACGAGUCUACCACAAAGACGAAUCCCUCAACCUCGAAUACCUCACGCCGCUGGGCAUGGAGUCCUUCACCAACGCCGCCGUUACUCUGCUGCUGGGCAACACAUCGCCGGCCAUCAUCAAAAACAAAUACAUCGGCGUGCAGAGCUACGGGUCGACGGGCGCGCUGCGCAUCGGCGCCGAAUACCUGGUCAGGCACACGGCCAAAGACACCUUCUACACGUCGAAUCCCGGCUACGAGAACCACGACAGGAUCUUCGCGUGCGCCGGCUUCAAGACGUGGCGCUGCUACCGCUACUUGGACACCAAGACCAUCAAGCUGGACUUCAAGGGCAUGCUGGAGGACCUGCGCAACGCCGAGGACAAUUCGGUGAUCGUGCUGCAGGUGUGCGGCCACAAUCCCACCGGCAUCGAUCCCACCGAGUCCCAAUGGGACGAGGUGGCCCAGUUGUUCGUCUCCAAGAGGAUAUUUCCGUUCUUCGAUUGCACCUAUCAAGGUCUGGCCAGCGGCGAUGUGAACACAGACGCCUACGUGGUGAGGAAGUUCGCCGAAUUGAACGUGGAAUUUUUCUGUGCGCAGAGUUUCUCGAAGAUCUUCGGCAUGUACAACGAACGCAUCGGUAAUUUGACUAUUACCGUGAAGGAUCCCGAAUUGAUACCGGCCAUUAAUUCGCAAUUCGCCUUUGAUAUUCGCGCGAUGUACUCCUCUCCUACGGGCAGGAGCGCCAGGAUCAUAGCUCACAUCUGCAACAACGCCCCCUUGUACCAGCAGUGGCUGGGGAACCUGAAGGACAUGGCGUUGCGCAUCAAGAAGGCGCGGAUGCAGCUGAAGGAGAUGCUGGAUAAUAUGGAAACGCCGGGUGUGUGGGAGCAUUUGGUGGACCAGGUGGGCAUGUUCAGUUACACGGGGCUGACGCCCGAGCAGGUGGAGUAUAUGGCGAGGAAGCAUCACGUGUACGCUUUGACUUCGAGCAGGAUUUGCAUGGCGGCCAUUUGUUCGAAUAAUUUGUAUCAAGUCGCUAUGGCUAUAAAUGAUUGCGUUAGGAAAUUCCCUAAAAUCAAUUGAUUAAUGUGAUUGAUUGAUUCGAUUCGAUUGUAUGUAGAUUGUGUUGGUGUAAGGCCGCCUUAGAAAAUUGAGUUACAUUGUGAAAUGUGAUUUUAUAAUCUAUCUUCACCCCUAACAUAACCUCGUUUAAUACUAGAAAAUAAUAUACAAAAUUAAUUAAAAAAUGGUCAAAUUUGUGUAUUAUUUUAUGUAAAAUUAAGUUAUGUAAAUUGUAAAUGAUAUUUAAUAAAACACAUCAGUGUAUUGUAAAGUUUUUUUUAAUCAUCUGAUUAACGAAAGUUAGUAAAAUAAUUUUCCCACUCACCUCUUCUAUAGAAGAUUUAAUUUAUGUGUAAAAGCUUAGUAAUUUCGUCUUAAAACUUCGUAACAAAUCCAAAAGAAAACAAAUAAACACGUAGAUAA